AUGGAGAAAGCCAAAGUCAAUGUGUUACUCAUAGGAGGAGGCGGAGUGGGCACAGUAGCAGCUGUCAACCUGGAAGCUGGAGGACUGGCGGAGGUGAGCAUGGUGCUUCGGUCGAACUACCAGCAUGUAAAGACACAUGGAUAUAGUAUUGAGUCACCAGACCAUGGAAGUAUUUCGGGUUGGAGGCCGACCGAAGUCCUCAAGAAUGUGCCAAAUGCUGCGGAAGAUAAUGCAAGGAAAUUUGAUUUCUUGAUACUUGCUACCAAGAACAUACCUGGCAAUGGGCCGGCACUCGUCGAUAUAGUGCGGCCAGCUGUGACACACAGCACCACAUCUAUCCUGCUGUUGCAAAAUGGCCUCAAUAUCGAAAAGCCGUUCAUCUCAGCAUUCCCAGAAAAUGUCAUCCUCUCCGGUAUAAGCAUGAUGGGCUCCCGAGAGAUCGAACCCGGAGUGAUUCGACAUAUCGGACACGACUCAUCGUUGAUCGGAGUCUUUCCUGGACAACGGAUGCCAGAACAAGUUGGCGUCGAGACUGCUCUCCACUUCUGCAAAGUCUACUUAGCAGCCGGGAAGGCUACAUGCGCCUACGAUGAUGAUGUUUCUCGGAGCAGGUGGCGAAAACUCGUCUACAAUGCUUCCUUCAACCCCAUCUGUGCCAUCACCGGAAUGGACACAGGCAGUGUCCGUCUUGCAGAUGAUGCGGUCGAAAAGCUGGUCCGACCUGCAAUGGAAGAGAUUCGAACAUGUGCUGCUGCUGCGGGACACGAACUGCCAGAGGAUAUCGCCGAUAAAUGUCUGAAUUUUGAUCCCAUUGAAAUGCACUACGUGCCUAGCAUGCUCGAAGAUCUGAGAAGAGGAAACCUGAUCGAGUAUGAGAACAUUCUUGGCGAACCGUUGAAGACUGCUCAGAAGCUGGGCGUACCGAUGCCUACUAUUUCGUUCUUGUAUUCCGUUUGCAAGACGAUCCAAUGGAAGAUGAAGAUGGAAGGCUCGAGGCAGAAGAUCGAUGCAAAAUAG